AUGACUAUCACUAAUGAUAAAUAUUUUAAUAAUUUAGGGUUACUUAGGGGGUCAUAUAUGAUUACUAUAUUGGGAGCGUUCUGUGGCCGUUUGGCGAACUAUUUAUGUCUUAUUGGUUGGUAUAUUUGUAUAUCUCGUCGAAAGAUAAGAAUAAUGGACUAUCGUGGAAUAUAUCUCCUCUUUCAUGAUACAUACCAGAGUUUGACUGUUAAUGCCGUCACUCCUGCCAAUAAAACACCCGAAAUUAAAUAA